CGUUUGUUGACAAGUAGUGGAAGCGUAAUUUUUUGCUGGUAUUCCUUUCUCUGUGUUUGUGGUUGUGUACCUUGUGAAUGCACAUGUUUCUUGAUACUGGGUAAUUCAUGAAACACGGUUUUUGAGAUACGGUGUGUGUGUUCCACUGAUCUUACUAGGUGGACUUAACGAAGCGUCUAACCAUGCUGGAUGAGUUGUGGCCAGCAUCGAGCAACCUGUGAUAGAAUAAUGAGAGACGCGAACCUUGCCAGCGAGCCGUCACCGCCGCCGACCCGCCCGCCAACGAUGUUUCCACACGAGCCUCCCUCCACCGAGCCGUCCUCUGCCCCCACAGAGGCCCCUCCCUCCACAGAGGCCCCCGCCCCCACAGACUCUCCCACCCCCAACGAGUGCCCUGCCCACACAGAGACCCUCGCCCCCACAGAGCCUCACGGCCUCACAGAGCCCCCCGCCUCCACGGAUCCUCCCCCGGUGAAGCCUCCCCCUUCCCCCGCGCAUGAGAAGGUCGUCUUCAUGCUGAACGAUGAGGUGCAGCAGGUCGUCGCGGAGGAACCGAGCUCUCCGACCAGCGACACGUCGUGCGAGACCCGCCCGCCGCGCAUCGAGGUCCCCGAGGUCAGGAGGAAGGUCAAGGAGAAGGUCGGCUCGUCGAGCAACGGCGCGGGCGCGCCGCCGCCGCCUCCGACGUUCGGUUCGUUCACUCUCUACGUCGACGUCAAGUACUUUGAGGGCCGGCGGGCGGACGUGGGCGCGUCGGCGAUGGCAGCCCUCGGCGGGGCCGCGGACCUGCGCAAGGCGUUCGACACACACUCCUACGACAACCUGAAGUCGUUCGUGCGCGGCAACAACUGGCCGGCGGAGCACGGCGUUCGUGCGGAGCUGUGGUCGCGCCUGGUCGCGCACAUGAACCGCGACACGGCGCAGGACAUGGGCGAGGCGGUCGACCUCUACAAGGACACGGUGCAGACGAUCUUCCGCGGACGCG